AUGCGGGCUCAGUGGUCAGACUUGAUGGGGCUGUUUUGCGCCGCCCGCGACGCUGGGGUUUUGGUUUUUGGAGUCAACCAGCUCAUGGCCAUCCACGACGCCAAUGGAGUGGCGGUCACCUUUGCAGAUGGGCCCACUAAUGCGGCGGAUUUGCUGCUGGGCUGCCACGGUAUCUAUUCCUGUGUCUGGUGUGAACAUAUCGAUCCGGCCCAGAUGCUCGAGUCCUUGCUCAAGUGA